GAAGAUGUGAAGUUGAUGGUGGACACUAACUUAGAUGCGUUCAGAUUCUCCAUGUCUUGGUCUAGGCUAAUACCUAAUAGAAAAGGCCCUGUUAACCAGAAGGGUCUACAAUUCUACAAGAAUCUCAUCCAAGAAUUAAUAAACCAUGGAAUUGAACCAUAUGUUACACUGCACCACUUCGAUCAUCCCCAAUAUCUUGAGGACGAAUAUGGAGGAUGGCUCAACCACACGAUCGUCGAAGACUUUACUGCUUAUGCAGAUGUUUGCUUCAGAGAGUUUGGAAACCACGUCAAAUUCUGGACCACGAUCAACGAGGGCAAUAUAUUCUCUAUUGGAGGUUACAGCAUUGGGGAUUCACCGCCUGGUCGUUGUUCAAAACCAGACCAAAACUGCUUAUCAGGGAACUCUUCCACUGAACCAUAUAUUGUAGGCCACAAUUUGUUGCUUGCGCACGCCUCUGUUUCAAGACUAUAUAAGCAAAAGUACAAGGAUAGGCAGGGAGGUUCCGUUGGCUUUAGCAUAUUGACGAUAUGGUUUACUCCUUUUACAAGCUCCAAAGAUGAUGCCAUUUCAACUCAAAGAGCCAAUGAUUUCUUCAACGGCUGGAUGCUUGGUCCUCUUAUAUAUGUCUAUCCAGAUACAAUGAAAAGAAUCGUUGGAACAAGACUGCCCAUUUUCUCGGAGGAAGAAUCAGAACAAGUUAAAGGCUCAUCUGACUAUAUAGGAAUCAAUCACUAUCUUGCAGCUUCUAUCACAAACAGCAAACUGAAACCUUCUAUUUCAGGAAACCCUGAUUUCUUCUCAGACAUGAACGUAUUUUUGAGUUGGACAGUCUUUGCGAAUUUUUCAUCUUCCGAGUUGUUUUGUUUUUGUUUGGAUAAAUAUGAUGUUGCUCCAUGGGCUGUAGAAGCUGUCCUGGAGUAUGUAAAGCAGAGCUAUGGCAAUCCUCCUGUCUACAUUCUUGAGAAUGGUCGACCGAUAAAGCAAGAUUCGCAGCUGAAAGAGAAGGACACACCAAGGACUGAGUUCUUACAAGCUUACAUUAGAAAAAAUAUUACUACUUGUAGGAAUGGAUCGGACAGGUGAGGCUACUUCGUAUGGUCACUUAUGGAUUUAUACGAGAUUAACGGGGGAUACGAGGUUGGUUAUGGAUUGUUUGCUGUCAAUUUCAGUGAUCCUCAUCGCAAGAGAUCUCCCAAACUCUCUGCUCAUUGGUACUCUGAUUUUCUCAAAGGAAAAAGCGCUUCUCUUGGUUCUCAAGGCAUCACGGAAUUGCAAAUUAAAGUAACUUAUCUUCUUCCUCCUAGUAGUGAAUUGCAUUAUAUGUUCUGA